CGGCGCGUGCGCAACACGCGUCAGACAAAAUCUAACCCGAUGAGAUCGCGAACGCGACGUUUUGUCUCCUAGUCUUUUUGUAAGAAAAAUCUUUUAAAUGGAAGUAUUGAGGACACGCCUCAUUUGCUAUUGUACUGAUUCUCAUUGACGCAGUGUGACUAUGCAUUGUUACUUUAUAAAAGAAGUGUUAGUUCUACUUUCUUAAGUACACCAAACAAUCCCUGUGACUGAAUUUUAAGUACCGAUUUUAAAGUUAAUUAUACUUAAAAAGGUAAUUUUGACGACUACAAAACUGGUUUAAUUAGAGGCUUCAAAGGAAAAUAAUUCAGUGCAUAUUAAUACUUGACCUUUGGGAGGUCGCUUCGGGGAUGAAAAAUGCUUAAACAAGAAUUGCUAUUGUUGAUAUGCGCAUGCGGCGCGUUAGCGGCUCUAGACAGUUACAGCCCGCAACAGGACCCGGACCAGUUCCACAUCCAAACAGAUGAAGAUGACGAGCGGUACUUCUUGUACCAGACCCACAAUGGACAGUAUAGAAAGGAACGGAGGCUGAAAGAUGGAUCUGUUGUUGGGACUACAGGCUGGGUCGGUGCAGACGGAUACUUGCGUCUACAGGACUACAUAGCUGACCAAGAUGGCUACAGAAUAUACAAAUCGAAAACUGUGUUUGUUGGCCAAAAUCGUCCUAUUGGUGAAUCAUUGAAGAUUGCUAAAACAGCUCCGACUGAUUCUGGUUACGGAGUGACGCCAGCGCCUGCCAUACAUCAAGCCCGGGGACCACGCCCAGUCAGUUCUACCACACCAACACCAAUUCCAUCCUCUCAACGCCCACCGACCUUCCCAGCAGAAGUUUCAGUCACUCCUCCACAACGUACAUACUCUAGCCCAACACCGACCCCUCAAGUUCACGUUUCACCAAACUCUAUAGACGUAUCCACCACUUUUAACUUCAAACCUACUGUUCCACCGAUAACUGCUAGCGAAGCUUCACCAUCCCCCAGCCCAUAUGAUUAUGACUCUUCUAAUACAAACACGAUUGAUGACGGGUAUUACGCCAGUGAUAGCACGCGUUUCGACGUGUUCAAUCCUAACUCUUACAGACAUGCCGAUGAAUGGCUAAGACGCCAACGUCCAAAUGUGCGACUCGGAGAUGGAUAUACACCCCAAUUUCCACAAUAUGAUGGUGUUGCCUUCAGACAAAAUGGAUUUAGAUACUAUUUACCGAAACAGUACCAUGAAGAAGACUCGAGUAAUUCCAAUGAACGAACUGGGAGCUUUGGUUACAUCGACCCGUUCGGAAUACGUCGGGUUAUAUAUUAUAAUACCGCGCCAGGUGAAGGUUUCCAGAUCAGAAAGAACAAUAGAUACGUUGGACACAACGCAACUCCUUACGAUCCGAGGCCUAUAGUUUGAUUAAAUAUUAAGUUAAUUUUAAGAAGACAUGAGAUAUGUGGUGAUCGUGAUUAUGAUGGUGCCAUUGCACGAUUUUUAAAGGUUAUGCACGUUGCUUUAAAAAAAAACCGUGCGUGAUUUUGUUCAUAAUAUGGCUGAAGCUCUUAAUAUUAUGGUUUUACUUUAAGAAUUCAAGUUACCUAAAUAUUUAUUUAUCAGUAUUUUUAGAAAUAUAAAUUGAUUCGUAAGAGACAAAACGAUUUAUUUUUCGAACGAUGCGAACGUCUUAGCCAUUAUCUAGUUAAUUUUGUAACUAAUAACUAAAUAAAUGCCUGUUUUGGGUAACGUAUUCGUAAAUGUACCUUUACGUAAUUUUUAUUUGAAAUGUAUAAAGUAAUCAAUAAUCAAUCAUCAAAGUGCCAUUUUACUACAGCUGUAGUCUUCGGUAAAUCUAUUUUUCCUUUUGUUACUCAUACAUAAAUUUAUGAACAUAUUGAUUUCAACUUAAAAUUCAUUCGAAAUAAAAUAAACAUGCGCAUAAGGAAAACAUUGAUUAAUAUAUUUUACCUAUUUGGAGAUCGGGAUAUGUUAACAAAACGAGUCGUUGAACUAAUAAAAAUUCAAACAUUAUAUUUAAAUCAGUGAUAUCUAACGGCACAAAAUGUAGAUAUGUAAAUAAAUACCAUUUAGGUAAAUCAAACUCCGGAACUGCCUUAAUUUUCUCAAAAUAUCCUUGAUACACUCUUACUUUGCCUAUAAAAAUAUUCCAGUGAACGUUUACUUAGCAAAAUUAGGAUGAUUACAGAUUUUAUUUUAAGUUUUGUUAAUAGAAGUAAAUACCUAAAUGUAAUAAGUCAGGUGCAUGUUUAAAAAUUAUGUCACUGUUAAUAAUUUGCUAUUAAAAGUGAUGUUUCUUAAUUAGAAACGUAAAAAUAUCAACUUGUUACAGUGACUAUCAGAUGGGUAAUAAGUAAUUUAAACUUUUAUAGACUAAUUUUAACUUAUCGAUUUUAUUCGUAAUUGUUGUCCUCACUCUAACGACUAUUGUAUCAUCCCACAAUAUAUUUAUCUGCACGUCAUUAUUUUACAUUAUUUUACUAAGUUAAAGCGCAUUUUAAACUAAUCACUGUCUAAUACAAUCUUAUUUAUGUAAUUAAUAAAGUUGUUAACAGAA